AAUCAAGAUGGCGACCUCUCUGGGUUCCAACACCUACAACAGGCAGAACUGGGAGGAUGCGGACUUCCCCAUUCUGUGCCAGACGUGUCUCGGAGAAAAUCCGUAUAUCCGAAUGACCAAAGAGAAGUAUGGGAAGGAAUGUAAAAUCUGUGCCAGGCCAUUCACAGUGUUUCACUGGUGCCCCGGGGUCCGCAUGCAUUUCAAGAAAACUGAAGUGUGCCAGACCUGCAGUAAAUUGAAGAAUGUCUGUCAGACCUGCCUCUUGGAUCUGGAAUAUGGCCUGCCCAUCCAGGUCCGUGAUGCGGGAUUAUCUUUUAAGGAUGACAUGCCAAAGUCAGAUGUUAACAAAGAGUACUACACGCAGAAUAUGGAGAGAGAAAUUUCUAACUCUGAUGGAACGCGGCCAGUUGGCAUGUUGGGGAAAGCCACCUCCACCAGUGACAUGUUGCUCAAGCUGGCCCGGACCACACCCUACUACAAGAGGAAUCGACCCCACAUUUGCUCCUUCUGGGUAAAAGGAGAAUGUAAAAGAGGAGAGGAGUGCCCAUACAGACAUGAGAAGCCAACAGAUCCAGAUGACCCCCUUGCUGAUCAGAACAUUAAAGACUGA